GAGAAUGUUCGCACAGUAAGACAUAGCCGAAACUGCGUGUGUACUACAAGAGAAAAACUUUUAAACAAAAGAAUAAAUUUUUAUGCACUGGGAUUUUUCGCAAUAGAACAAUACUUGCAUACUUAUGAGUUGCUCUCAUUCUGAAAAUCCAUCGGGAAACGUAGACGAAGUUCGAUUUAAAACAGACGAACGCGGAGAAACAGAUUCCGAAGAAAAACGAAAUGAAGGGUAUACCAAAACCAAUGAUAUAAAGCAAACCGUAUUAUAUCAGACAAAUGAUAUUCAUGAAAGAAAUGGAAUUGAAUUUUGCAACUCCUCUUUGCCAACAAACUGCAAUAAUUUUAUUUCAUCAUUUAAUAAAACACUCGAAUUAGAAAGGUUAAACAACAGUAACAAAAAUGAAAUGGCAAGCAAUGUAUCAAAUCAUUUGCAAGAACAAAUUCUUCAAAACUCAAUAUGUAAAAAAGAACACGAUCAACAGUUGUUAACAAAAGAAGCAGGUAUCCACAGUACAAUAGUAGAAUUAGAAAGCUUUACCGCAAAAGAAAAUUUACAAGAAAAGAAAAUAGAAGGCAAUAAAAUGUUAAACACAUUUGAAAUGAGCAGCAAUGAAAUGAGUGCUAUGGAACUAAAAGAAACUGUCAAUUUAAAAGAACAAGAUAUUGUACAUGGGUAUUCAAUUGAUUACUUUCUUGAAAAAACACAUGAAUGUAUUUUAAAACAAAGCGAGCCAAACGAGGCAACAAAAACAUAUUUUUCACAAGAAUUUCAGCCUUUUAAUGGUGAAAAUAUAUUUGAUGAACGCUUAAGUUCGAUAAAAUACUCUUCAGAUAAAAAUCGAGAAAAAGUGGCAAAGAACAAUGAGAUUCCUGGACUUCCACCCAUAACUUGGAAUCUACCUAGUGAUGUUAGUUUUUUAAAUUCUCACUCAGUCGUUAGUCCACAUUUUUUGCGGGCUUCUCCUUUUUAUUCUACUUCACAUUUGUACCCAUUUGUUCCUUUUCCUUCUCCAAUAUUUUCAUCACAAAUUGUUCCAUUACCGCCUGCUAUUUCAUUAGGCGGAGGUUCAACUUCUUACGUUUCUGAAUUAAACCAAAUUGAUUACUUUAGACGUCGACCACCACCUUGCUUGUGGAUUAUAAACUGUUCCACGUGUUCAAGACCUGAAAUUGAGGUUGUUUGCAAUAGGCAAUUUGAAACAAUAUCAGAAAUAGUUUAUCACAUAAGCGAUAUGCAUUUAAACAACUUAAAUAAUUCUAUCGGGAAUUCAAAUGAACAAUAUUAUUAUUGCUUUUGGAAAGACUGCCUACGCAGUAUGAAACCUUUUAGAGCGCGUUACAAACUUGUUAACCACAUUCGUGUUCAUACCGGAGAAAGACCUUUUCUGUGUCACUUUCCAUCGUGUGGAAAACGAUUUGCACGCUCAGAAAAUCUAAAAAUUCACAAACGCGUUCACUCAGGUGAGCGUCCUUUUAUAUGUGAAUAUUCUAGUUGUUUGCGACGAUUUACCAACUCAAGUGAUCGUAAGAAACACAUGCAUACACAUACGCCCGGUAAGGAUUUUGUUACUUCUACUCCACCCAAAAAAUCAAAAAAGCUAAACAAACAUUAUCGAAAAUGUGUAAGUUCAAAUGAAGAUGCGCAUGACAAUUUUUAUAUUAAAAACGACGGGUUAAAACAAGAAGUAACAGAAAAUCGUUAUGUGGAAAAAAUGGUUACUGACUAUCAUAUAAUAAAUUCUACAGAGUGUGUAAGUAAUAUGCUGUGUAUUAAGUCAAACCCUAUUAUACAAGAUUUGGAAAACACCAUUAAUAGUCGUUUACAUCAAGUCGGAGAAAAGAAAUUAGAAAAAUUGAUCGGAUAAUAUCUAAAAAUAAUAAUAUGAUUGGAUAAAAUCUUAAGAAAGUUAAUUAUUUACAUGAUUGUGCAAGUAAUUAGCAAGUUAAUUUACCAUUUAAAGAUUGUAUGCAAAGUUUACAUACAUACGGUUUAUAUUUAUACUAUGUAUAAAUAUACAUCGUUUUUUAUAUAUAGAAACGGUUUUUAGUGAAUCUGUUGUGCUCAGAAAUCAGUUAAUUAUUGUACAAACAUUCUAAUAAAAAGCUAACUAGAUUCAAAUUAAUUUUUUUUUUAU